UGUACACACUUAAAGAAACGUGACAAUUGGCGACUCAUCAUAAAACAUCUAAGCAAGCUGCCUUUUCAAGUAUUACAAGCUCCGAAGAAAAAAAGAAUACAUUGAAAUGGAUCCUUCGAUGUCUGUGACAUCCACAACUCCUUCCCUGGAGGAGCCACCAGUUGGAUUUGAUCGUGGACUCCAGCCAUUGCGGAUCCUUGGAGUCUGCGACUGGUCCGGCGAGCUGACGUUUUUGAUGCAGUGGAAGGGAUGCGACCAAGCGGAUUUGGUGCCCGCCAGGGUGGCCAACGUUCGAUGCCCCAAACUGGUCAUCUCGUUCUACGAGGAGCGCAUUGUGUUCAAGGAUGUCAUCGACCAAGAAGACCUAGACCCCCUGGACUUGGACAACGACAAGGGUUAUGAAACCACAUCAAAUGAAUAGGUCAUUAAGCAAAUUCACAACUUACUGUUAUGUACCGGAGACAUUGCGGAUCUAUGGAUACCGCCUAUAAAGAGUAUUGAAUCUUC